AAUUGAUAGUAUUAUACCCAUCUAGCCCUGAAGUAAUGCUCUCCAGCGGGGCCACUCUCAUCGUGGGAUGGGGACGGUUAUUCUUCCGUGGUGGGUUUUAGCAAGUAGGCGAUGGGAGCAGGCGACCGGCCUGCAGUGACCCGUUGAAUUCUGCACACCCCUGUCUCAGGCGCAGGGGGUCUUUAGAAGAUUUCCCACUUCGAUACCAAAAAAAAAAACAUACAUAUCACAUAUGAAGCUUAUAUCCAAGUUUGCUGUGAGCAUCCCUGCUGGAUUAAAUGGUAUUCAUACUCCAUUUGUCUAUCUGUGGAGGAUUAUGCGAAUUUAUGCUUUGAAACCAGAGGUGCUAGUUUGUAGUAUGAUUCUGGCAAUUAUUCUGUUUUACAUACAAGCCGUGGAUAUCUGGAGCAGAGCACUUCUAGGAAAAAUACAACAUACCUUAGGCCGCACAACAUCUAAGGUGUCUACACUGAAAUUUUUAGUUAAUGAUUCAGUGAAUACUGGAAUAAAACUUAAUUGGGAACUAAAACAGGAUCACAUUGCAGCAUAUGCUGUGCAAGGACAUAGAGCUCGGAUGGAAGACCGUUUUGUGGUGAACGAUGACAUGAACAAUACUGGAGUUUCUUUAUUUGCAAUAUUCGAUGGCCAUGGUGGAGAAUUUGCAGCUAACUACGCUCGUGAUAAACUUAUCUCCAAUAUUAAUAAAAAAGUUAUUGAAUUGAAAAACUUCCUGGCUGGCAAAACAUCCGUUUAUCAAAAUGAACUGACGUUAAAAGAGCCAGAAAAAAAGAAAGACGAAAAUAAAAGAGAUGAAAAAUUUCUAGAACGAAAAAAAUCUUUUCGAAAAGUUGUAAGUACGUCUUUGACGGAUGACUGUAUGAAGAAAGCUAUUGAGGUGACUGAUCCAGAAUUACUUGAUAAAUUGGAGAGCAUAACACCGAUUACAAGAGAGGUCAGACCAUGCAGACCAGGUGAGAAGCAAGUACCUAAAGUAGACAUGAUGAAUUAUAUUGAAGGAAAUAAAAUCAAUUAUGGACGACUUCUAACGGAUGAAGUUCUAGCGGCUGACAGAUUAUUGGUAGAAACUGCUAAAAAGAAUAUGGAUGUAGCUGGUACUACUGCUUUAAUCGCUCUUUUGGAAGACAAUAAGUUGAUCGUAGCAAAUGUUGGUGACUCUAGAGGAGUAAUGUGUGAUGAAAAGGGAAAUGCUAUUCCUUUGUCUUUUGAUCACAAACCUCAGCAAGAAAGGGAAAGGAAAAGAAUAAAUAAAGCCGGUGGUUUGGUAACUUUUAAUGGAGUAUGGAGAGUCGCUGGUAUAUUAGCGACUUCUCGUGCUUUAGGAGACUAUCCUCUGAAAGAUAAAAAGCUAGUGAUUGCUGAUCCGGACAUCUUAACAUUUGAUUUGAAUGAUCACAAUCCCAUGUUUAUAAUAUUGGCAUCUGACGGUCUAUGGGAUACGUUUACGAAUGAGGAGGCUGUAACUUUCAUCAAAGAACGCAUUAAUGAACCACAUUUUGGUGCGAAAAGUAUUACAUUACAAAGUUUUUAUAGAGGAUCUGCGGAUAACAUCACGGUCAUCGUGAUUAAUUUAAAGGAUCGCAAAGUUAGCAUAUCGGAAGACAAGAAAAACCAGCUGUGAUUUUGACAGCAAACCAUUCGUUUUUUCAUCACUUCAAAGUUCCAAGAGUCUAGUCAUAAAAUAAAUAUAUCUUGUUGCAGUUUAAUUUAUUGCCAAACUGCAUGAUAUAGAACAUAUUCCCUUACGUUUGUAAUCUUCGUCGACAUUGAAAUGAUUGCAAUAAAAUAUUAUUGAAAAUGAU